AUGCGGUGCGCAAACAAGGCCGCUGAGAGAGCGUCUGCACGUCUCUGUGCAGACGCCGUAGCAGAAACCGCUGCAACCGAUUUGUCAUCGGUUGCUAAAGCGUCUCAGCCUGUAUCACAUGGUGAUGCAGAAGCUCGUCAUGAAGACACUCAUGUCUUCACAGAGUAUGAGCUUGGUGUCUCAUACUCUCCUGAUACGGAAGACGGAUCCGUAUCGACGGCGAUCAAAACCAAGCCGCCUGCCAAGCGUGGCAUGGAUGAUGCUGCGCUUUGUAGCAUCUUUGGUUCAUCUGACGAAUCAGAUGAACCAUCGCCAAAGUGA